UCACGAACCAUCAAUGAAUACAAUGCUCAAGCAGCAGCACUCAUCAAUGUCGGCCCAGAAUCUCAGAACAUCGGUCGGGACGUAUUGAUAAUAAUAAAUCUCAUAGUGUAGUGAAAAAGAUAUAUGCGUAUAUUCUCUCUCUUCGUCCCAUGAUGAUGACGAGCAAGAAAGGUCUCUCUUUUCCUCCAAAGCUCCAAUUUUUAAGGAGAUAAAUCCCCGACCCAGCUCACCUCGUCCUUCGUACUUCUUCUUCAUUAUAUUCUUCUCACCGCAAUCUUCCUCCCCGCCGAACUCCCUUGGUUUCCUUGAAACACCGAGGAGCACUUUGAGCAGAGGCCGCCCAAUUUCUUCACCUGUCAAUUUAAGCUCCUGUCUCUGUUGCUGUGUCAUUUGAGUAAUGGUGAACUCAUGCUCCUGAUUUCCAGUUACUAUUAGCGGGCUGAAGACUUGGUCAUCACGAUGGCUACUUCUUGCUCGUUCUCUGCGUCUAAUCUUACGAGGCCCAGGACCUCUCUCGAAGCUGUUAAUUCCCUACAGGCAUCCUCGUUAAAUCACUCCACCUUCUCCCUGAACCCGAUCAAAACCUUAGGGGUCAGGAGAUUCUCAGCAUGGAACAAGAUCCGUUGCUGCGCUGUGGAACUUGAAAACUCACGGCCAUUUUCAGCGGGGAAGAAAUUCCAACUCGAUGACGUAAUUGAAGCCCAGCAGUUUGAUCGGGACAUAUUAAAUGCCAUAUUUGAAGUGGCUCAGGACAUGGAGAGGGUCGAAAAGAACCCUUUGCGAAGUCAGAUCCUUAAGGGCUACUUAAUGGCUACUCUCUUCUAUGAGCCCUCCACUAGGACCAGACUCUCCUUCGAGUCUGCAAUGAAAAGGUUAGGGGGUGAAGUUCUGACCACCGAGAAUGCGAGAGAAUUUUCAUCUGCAGCCAAAGGAGAAACACUUGAAGAUACCAUAAGGACCGUCGAGGGUUAUUCGGAUAUUAUUGUAAUGCGGCACUUUGAGAGUGGGGCUGCCAUGAGAGCUGCAAAUACUGCUGGAAUUCCAAUCAUUAAUGCAGGGGAUGGUCCUGGACAGCAUCCAACUCAGGCUCUUUUAGAUGUGUACACGAUUGAAAGAGAGGUCGGGAAACUCGAUGAUAUCAAAGUUGCACUCGUGGGAGAUCUUGCAAAUGGAAGAACAGUCCGUUCGCUUGCAUACCUGCUGGCAAAGUAUCAAGAUGUGAAGAUCUACUUUGUUGCUCCUGACGUGGUCAAAAUGAAGGACGAUAUAAAAGAUUAUUUGACAUCAAAGGGAGUGAAAUGGGAGGAAACUUCCGAUCUCAUGGAAGUGGCUUCCAAGUGCGAUAUUGUGUACCAAACUCGCAUUCAACGAGAACGAUUUGGAGAGAGAAUUGACCUGUAUGAGGAAGCUCGUGGGAAGUAUAUCGUGGAUAAGGCCGUGUUGGACAUGAUGCAGAAGCAUGCAGUGGUGAUGCACCCACUUCCUAGGCUCGACGAGAUCACGGUGGAGGUCGAUGCAGAUCCAAGGGCUGCGUAUUUUCGGCAAGCAAAGAAUGGUCUUUACAUUAGGAUGGCAUUAUUGAAGCUCCUGUUGCUGGGUUGGUGAAUGUUGCAACUUCAUUUUUUUUUUCCAUGUUUGCCUUUACCUCGAUAAUGACAAGGACAUCAGCAAUGUGUGCUCUCAUUGCAAUGAGUCUUUUGAGUUCGGAACCUUUCAGUUGAGGUUACUGUUAUGCAGUUCUCGUUCGAUUGUGGCAACCUCUUACACGAUUGAUGUUAUCUUAACAAGUCGCAGGAUCGUCUAUACAUGUUAUAUACCGUGUUAAGAUUUUGUCCAGUCACCAUCUCAUCUCGGAAAAGACAAUCAUAAUUGGUUCUUCCCCAGGGUCACUUGGUGAGAGUUCACGUUAAGAACAUUUUCAAACAUGCAAUGAGAGAGAGAGUGGAUUUCAAUUCUUGAUCCCACCCAGAAUAUCAGGAACAUUAACUGCCAAGGUAACUCGAUGAGGUUGAGGUUGUUAUGCACAGCUGCAUGGUCUGAGUGACAUGGCAGCUCCCAGGUCCGCCACGUGUUAAGCGGAGUCUUGGAAAUGACACGUCUCCUCGAUCCAACCCUUCAAAUUCUCUCAGGUGAAGAACUUCACCUCACCAUUUCUGUGGAUUGAGAUGAGAGAGCUUUUGCUUCUGGUAACAAACAAGAGCGGGAUGGGCUUUAAUGGCCGUGGCCUCUCUUCUUUGAUAAUUCCGAGGUUGAUCUUCAUGCCUUCAACUCCAAGGCCACCUCUGUGCAAUCACGUUAUGUUUGAUUGUUGUUACGUGGUAGCAGAGAUACAGCCACCGUGAUCAUAACGACGAGCGAGCCCCCUCCACGGCGCAGGAGUUCAAGAGGGUAGCGGAGGAGAGGCUGAGUGAGACCGAGCGAGGGAUUGCCAGCCAGACGGUUGAUAAGACCUAUGACGGGACCGAAGAAGCCGUCAUGGGGAAUUCCGACAGCGAGUCUGUCAAGAAGAAGUACAAGGAACAUGAAGAGAAUGCUGAUUACCCCAAGACCGGAGAUGACGAACCGGGGGAAAGACGGGCAAAUACCGUAAGAGGUUCUUAGUUUUGCAUACCGAUCUUCGGUCGACAUAGCGCUAUCAUACAGUAUCUACAGUGGUUGUUUGAGGAAUUGUAUAAUGGGCAGUGAUAGACCGUUGCUUGCUAUUUAACUAUGAGGUUGUAAAAUGUUAUGAGAGUUUGAGAUAUCAAGUGAGAGGUCUUACGUCUGUUUUUGGCCGAUGAAA